GAUGGACAAUUGAUUGAACUCUUUGUCGCCCCCGGCGAAAUCUCUGUUCCGCAAAUUCUUUUUCCUCCUUCGUGAGCGGUUGUCUACGAUUUAGCAGUAACAUCAUCAGCACAAAAUGUCCACCUCCACCGUCAAUCUCGUGCUUGUCAAGCUCGUUCCGACUCAGCCAUGUAAGCCUGAUGUCUUUCUGAGCACCUUGAAGAACCUCACCAUUACGGCAUAUGAUUUGGAUGUUGAGGACAGUCUGGUAGGAACUGAGAUUGGGACAGCGGGAGGGCUCACCGAUCUUGCUGGGUUGCUUUUUAAUCCACUAGAUGGACAGCAGCACACAAAACUUGACAAUUCCAUCUUGCAAGAGUUCUCCCAGGAUACCAGCACUCCCAUCCCGAUACCACCGCAACCAUACUCCGUGGCUACAGCUAUCAUCAUUGUAUCUCCGCCUCUUGGCCGCUCGAAACUAAAUCUUCGCGUUCAAUAUCAACUUAAUGGUGCUUUGGUGGGAACUACACUUGACUAUGGAGUUCAGGUGAUUGAUAUGAGUCUGGUACCGGAUCAAAAAAAUUAUUUUACGAUGCCUGCCUCGACAUAUUUUUCGCUGCCACUCCAACCACCCAGCACCUCAACUGUUCAACUACCCUCAGACGGGUCAGCCCCAGAUUUUGGCACCCUUCUCAAAGCGAUCAAUGCUGCUCUAGAUCAAGAUACUUCUCCGGAUACGUCCUAUAGCCAGCACCUCGAGACUCGAAGUACACCUCUGACUGCUAGCCAGAGCCAGCAACUCGCAUCGGUCAUCACGUGGGAUCGUUCUUUAUAUCCUCUUCCCGUUCCGAGUGGCAGCUUGGACACCAUAUAUACGCUCCCAUUGUCUGGUGAUAGUGAUACAGAUGCGGAGAACUCCAGAAACCAGUUCAGCAGUGACCUGAGUAACUACUAUACCACUUACGGCGCAGAUGCGACAAGAUUAGCAAAUUUUGUGUAUGCAGUAUCCGCUGCUAUCACUUGUGAACAACUAAGUGUAUCGGCGAACACCGCUGGAUUGACAUUUCCUGUUGAGGCAGACACGUCUUCUACUGAAGCAGACAAGUCUUCUACAAAAGUAGAAGCAGAUACGUCUUCUACAAACGCGGUCUUUUCUGAGGCUUCAUUGGUCUUCACGUACACGGACGAUCUACCUGCCGGUGAGCCUCGCUUCACCGUGCCUGCAGCGUUCUUUUACGCCCUUGGUGCAAUUCUACCUAUCAGCAUUCCUGCGAGUCAGCGCUUCAGCUCAGCGAUACUGAGCACAGAACCUCAACUGGGGACAAUUUUUGAGAACAAUAUCCAAGCCGGCAUCUUAGCGUCUUCGAUAGCUCCGGUGACCGUGUCUGGUAACCCAGUCAACCAGUACCAAGCUGCUCGAAGGCUAGCAGCUUUGGGUUUCACUAGCAACACUACUGUUGACCUCAAAUAUCUGAUGACUAAAGAUGAGAAAGGGAACUUAGAGCAACCUGACCUCAUCGGUGACUGGCUCAGUUUUGCAGAGACGUCAGACUUGAUAAACACUGAUUUUUGGGCCAAAGCGAUAAAGAACCAUCCCGGAGAAUAUCUCAACUUUCUUCUUCAGGCCAUCACGCAAGGCGAGACUGCCCUGGUGGAUGCGAUCAAAACGAUUCUUCAUGUCAAAACUGUCACCAAACUGGUAGGCAUCACGCCAGAUCAGUGGCAGAAUUUCUUCGCGCUUCCCGCUUCGAAUGGAAAUCCUGCAAUCUCUAAACUCUUACCAGAUUUCACCCUCCCAGGCACCACCGAGCAGCGAGUCAAUGCCUUUGUUCAGCGGCUUGGAAAAUUCUUUACAGUUACUGGAACGGCUGUGUUACCGCCGCAAGUGAGCACUGGUGGUGUUGCGACAUUCGGAAUUCCAGCAGGUGAUGCUUUGCAGCUUUUCAUCAAUCAAUAUUUAAUCCAGAUUGGGAAAACUGUAGAUUUUUCCGUCAUGCUUGAUGAUAAAGAUCUUGAAAAGGUGGUCUUGGCUGUCUUCCCGAACGACCCACGAAACCGAGAAGGGCUCAAACAAGCAGUGGAAAUCAUUACGAAUCUCUUCCAAGUGACAUCCAUUUCACAAAAUAAAUCUCCCGUUCUUGCCGACUUUCAGUUUUCUCUUAUGGAAGCUUUGUAUGCUCGCGGCUUUACACAUCCCCGAGUCAUCACAAAGUUGACUGGAGAACAGUUUCAAAGAGCGCUCAUGGGGACCAUUGCUUAUCCAAAGACCACUUCCAACCAAAUAUACUCCCUCGCACAAGCAAUAAGCACCACACAAUCAAAGACCGGUCCCAGUCAAGUGGGUUCAUUCAUUCCAGUGAACCAAGCUAACUCGUUGGUUUCCGUUAUACCGCGGAAUAAUUUGGCACCCUUUGGUCUCGUGGCAUAUCUACACGACAUCCUUGCAAUUCCUCUUGGCACGACUACACUUGCUCAGGUGAUCGGUCUUCGAAGGGGACUCGUUGCAAAUCUCAAGGUUUCUGUCGAAAACCUAGAGACUAUACUACCUGCGAUUGAUCUCGUCAACGAGGCACUGGAGGCGGUAGGGGCCAAUGUCAGCAAUCCAGGAGGUGUGGUCUAUGACACCGACGUUCAGCUAUUGGUAGAUCGUAUUGGACUAAAAGUAGAGCAGCCGAAUAUCUUGACAGCAAUUCCUCAAUACUCAUCCCCGGAGCCGUUCACAAACCCAAAUGUCUACAAUGCGUUGAAAAAUUGCUUCACCAGCUCAUAUCUCCCGUAUUCCCAAGCAAUUGAUAUUGCAACCUCGAAUCUUUCAGUCCUUGGCACUGAACGAUUUGACGUCCUGAGACACUUUCGCAAAGAUAUCACAGAGUUUGCAAUUGAUGCCAGCCUAGGACCGAGUGAUUUCCAGAGUCACCUCUGGCGAUACCCAGUUCGUUUCGAGCUUGCCUUGUCUUACGUCAACAUCACCACGGAAGAAUACUGGAGUCUCUUCGCGAGCGAUGUUCCAGACAAUGAGCUCCUUGGCUCUGUUCUAGGAUUCGACUGGGAUUUUUCGUCGGAAUUCUCGGUCUCAGUGCGGAACUUUCUGCAAUUUACAGGGAUCAACAAGAAUGAUUUACUCCAAUUGUCAAAAACCAGGUUCGUGCCGCUGGAACUUGCAUCCAAAGAUCCUUUGGGUAGCACUUCCACGGUUCAUCUCAAUGUUCCUAAUUCCGAACUUUCUUUGACGCUUCGCAAGUUGUUUCUCUUCAUUCGCCUAUGGCGCUGUCUAUCACGCUCGGUCAUAUCUUCCGUCUCGUGGAAUACGCUCGCUUUGAUUUGCGAGGCGUUGCACUUCUUCAAUAAAGCUGUCAACCCGGAUUUCCCCAGACAAUUGGCUGCUCUUUUGAUGCUGCAGAAUCAUUUCAAGCUAUCACUAGUGACUCGACAUCCAGAUAUGCCUUGGGCAAAUCGCUCCACGCGGACCGGUGGCUCGCUCCUUUCUCUUUGGGCGUUACCGGCCAUGCAGUCAGUUGAAAGAGAUCACGCGAUUGAUUUCUUCCUUCACCGCAUUCAAGAUUAUUCCAAGUCUUGCCAUGCAUGCAAAGAUCGCCCGACCGGUUUCCAAAAAGCCUUGAAGGACAACUUGCGUGCCCUUUCACUGCUAGCUGGCUUUACAGAUGAAGACCCAUGGUACGCCAAACCAACGUGCACCAUCCGCUUCGCAGAGAUCUUGGCAAAAAUAUAUGCUUCUAAUCUCAGCGUCGGGGAGACAAUCUUCUUGUUCGUGCCCGACUGUCAUCUCAUCGGCGACGACCCAUUUCCCUUGCCAGAUGCUGGAAAAUCCGCAAUAGAGACUCUCAAGUAUCCAGACGACGAUGAGCACGGCAUUUGGCAAUUACGCGAGCAGCUUCUAAGUGUCAGUCUUGGCGAAGAAGAUAUUGUCGGAUGGACUUGGCAAGAAAUGAAGACCGUGAUUUUUGAACUGGGAGGGCUGCAAGCUAAAGAUUCAUUCGACGCACUUGGAAUUCACUUUUUCCCCGCGGCUCUUGAGAAUUGCGGACACCAAGUCAACUUCAGAGAUCGACGUUUCGAAGUAGAAUUGGCUGUUGCAGAUACUACUCCAUCUCUAUGGACUAUAGAUCAGUGUAGUCCGUUCCACUAUGAUGCAGAAGACUCUGGUAAAUUGUGGACCGAGCUUCCACUUCCCGACGAAGCUGUUAUCACAUUGUUGAAAAGCUCAAGGCAGCUCAACGCGAAAGAGAUUCAAGCAGUUCAAGAUCUCAACUUCGCCCCUAGGGCGUUGCUUGCGCCAUUUGCUCUGAUCUUCGAAAACUUCCCGGCUGCUGUCAAAACACUCCUCCACGAACAUCAAGAGGAGAGACGUUUUGCUUUCUUCCAAGAACAGUUUGAGAUCUUCCAUCGCCGCUGUAAGAAGAUUGCCGACCACCUUGCCAAGCAUGUGUCAAAAGCCACUGGGAAAGGCUCACCUGACAACAAACGCGUCGCUUGGGAUGUCCUUCGCCACAUUGCAGCAGAUGAGAAUGUUCGAAUCAAGACAGCAGGACUAAGCGACCCGGAGUAUACUUGGGACCCUAGCCUAUCUGGUGGUGCUUUUGCAUCCUUGUUGGGAUUGGUUGGAACGGGGUUACCUGGCCAGUACGAGAUUCAUCAUAAAGAUGAACCAUCAAAGAUCUGGCGAGAGUUUUCUGGGGAUCUCACCUUCUUUGGAGACGAGAACAACGAAACCUCUGUACCUAUUCCGACCGUGCUCCCGAGCCUUGAUCUCAGCAUUGAAACAGAGGAAACUAACAUAGAAAUUGUAAAUGGCUUUGCAAUUCGAGACCAAGACGGGAAGUCUCUUGGAGGAGCGGAGCCAUUUCGAGUCGUAUGGACUGGCGCACUUCUUAUCGCAUCCGCUGGAGAAUAUUUUUUCCAUGCCGGACAUCCCCGUCCAGGCGAUGAGACUCCAAGUUUUGAGGAAGCGAAGCAUGACUGUUGGUUGUUGACUCUUAGCAGUGGUCAAAAAUCGUGGACUGUGUUGAACUACGGUUGGGAUGCUUCGACGACUUGUGAGGCCGAGCCCGAAGGUCUCUUUCUUCAGCACGGCGUUUACCACAUCGAGAUCCACUACAAACAUCAGCUUCCCACCUCUGCAGGCGAGAAACACCGCCGAACCGGAUUCCAAGUAAAAUACAAGGGUCCCGAUACAGACGAUGUCCUGAGUGUCGUGCCUGCCUGUAAACUCUUCCAGGAGUCAAAGAAUGCGACUCUUGGCCACGACCUCACCGUCACCGGUUCUGCUGCAACAUACUUGAAUUCUCAUUACACCAGCUCACUUCGGGACAUUCGUCGUACGUAUCAACGAGUCUUCAAGGGGAUAUUGUUCUGCUCAAGAAGCACCCUUUCAGCGAAGCCCAUUCACAAGGAUAAUGUGGGUGGAUCAGAGCUUCAGUAUUUGCUCCAAAAUCCCAAGUCUUUUGUUGGCACUUCUUACUACCGAAGUACGACUCCAGAAACCGGAUUCAAAACUUGUCGUGCGGUCUUCGACCUGAAUUUACUUCCCGUCACAGAUCCGUACAAGUCUCCAGAUAUUUCAGACGAUUUCCGCGCACACCCGAGCCCGGAGCUACAAGCAGCCCUAUUUGACUGGUGGGAGCGCAUUUUCGACUAUUCCCAAUUGCGCGAUUGGGUUCGAAAGACACGGAAUCGAGAUUGCUGGAUGCUGUUUUUCGAGGCUUCACAGCAAGCACCUAAACCAGAGAAGCUGUUGCGUUAUCUCAGUGUCAAUUCUAGCUUCGCUCCACAAGUCUUGACCUACUUCGACCCUUCUAAUCCCGACUCUCAAGUCAGCGUCAGCACUGCCGAUCUCACUGACGAACGAUGGGCCACACGAGUCUGGCGCUCUAGUAACUUGAUUGGAGAUUUAAAACACCGAUUUGUGAGUGAGCAAUUAGAGUCCACUCGGCCAUGGCUUUGGGCAUCAGACGAUCCAAAUACCCAAAUUGGAGAUGCUUCCGGAAAUCAAAAUUUGACGAAUUUUGUUCUGAGGAGUCUCUUGAGCAAACCUGGCUCCACAAUUGCAGAUGUCAAGAAGAUAAACGAUAGGUUGAGAUUGAGGGCCCAUGCUGCUCUUCUUGCAUACUUAUGCGGCAAGGACCGUGUGGCUCUCCCAUUCGGACAGGCCACCUAUGUUCGCGAGCCCCGAGACUUGAACGCCCUCCUUUUGAUGGAUGUUGAAGUUGGUGCGAAUAAGAAAACGACUAGGAUUGACGAUGCAAUUAUCUCCGUCCAGACAUUCGUUCAGCGCCUUCGACUCGGGCUUGAGCCUGAAUUUGACAUCUCGAGCGAGUUCAUUCAAACUUGGGACGCCAAGUACAGCACAUACAAGACAUGGGAAACAGCGAAGAGACGAGAACUCUACGAAGAGAAUUGGAUCCAAUGGGAUGAGCUUCAAGAAGCUCGAAAGAGUGAAGGUUUCCGUUCCUUCGAGCAACAACUCCGUCGAGGAGUGCUGUCUGUUCCCGCUCCAACCAAAUCUCUAUAUUGGAAUGGACCACAGCUGGCCGCAGAAGGCGAUCUCGAAGAUCUACAGUCUGUUGAAUUCGUUUCACUCGAAAAUACUCCUCUGUCUACAGACACUCAGAUCUCAGCCACCACCUCGGGCAUGUCACUCCUUGGUCAACCUGAGCAUGAUGGACAGCCGAGUUCACUUUCUUCGCUCCCAGGAGAUGACUCUGCGGUUGGUGAUGUAGAGCAACUUCCUCUCUGGAUUCAAGCAGCUGUCCGGUUGGGCGCAAAGUUUAUUCGUGUAACUGCAUCCUCUCCACCACCUGCGAUCACAGAAAGCAGAAGCCAUAAGCAUAGUCAUGCUAUCCAUGAUUCUCUAGGCCCAAGUAUCGACGAGUACUAUUUUUGGCUGACGCCGCUUCAAUACUUCGAUGAGAAAAACGCCGAGCAGAAACUUGGGCUAGGAGCAACGCCACCAGACCCUGCCUGUGACUGGGACCCUGAUCGUGUUAAUGCAGAUGGUGUGAAACUCAAAGAUCUUUUGAAAUGGCAAUCGCAACCUGUCUUGUAUCUGUCGUGGUGUAAAGUCCACCUUGGCCAAUUUGGCACCCCGCAGCAAUCCAUUAGAGGGGCAGCAUAUAACGGAAGUGGCAUUCCGGCCCUUGACCUUGUGGGACGUCAAGCAGACUCGCUGCUUCUCAAUGCGAAUGGUGUGGCGGCAUUUCAGUACAACAUCGCUGACGAUUCCGUGUCCAAUCUCAUCGACGACGUAAGCUCUGGAAGUAGCGCUGUUCCAAUUAUCCCCGUGAUCGAUACGUCUCAAUUUCCGAAGCCACUUUCAGCCUACCCCUAUUUCGUUUACUUUGAGCCCGGAGCUCCGUUGGUCCCUCCGUCGAACUUCAGCACAGCACUCAGUGUUGCUCAGACUUUGAGUUCGCAAGGUAGCUUCGAGGCAGCUCUGAAAUGGUUUGAUCUAGCCUAUGAUCAACCAGGUAGCCCUUUGAAACGAGAUAACUCUUGGAUGAGCAAUCCAGCCACAUCCACAAACUCUGGCGAUACGAGAACCAAAGCAAUUCUGCUCGAGUACCUUGAUACACUGCUGCAGUGGGGUAUUCAGCUCUCUCGCAAAGACGAGAUAGAGUCAUCCCGUCAAGCUCUGGUCAUUUUCAAUCUCAUAGACGACAUUCUUGGAGAUCGCCCAAUUGAAGUCUUCUCGGAUGAUACUGGAUCCGGUUCCAUGACAAUUCAGAACUUCUCACCAGCUCCCUUGCCUUUGAAUCCUCGUCUUGUUGCCCUAUAUGAUUCCGUUGCGGACAACUUGACAAAACUUCGAAACCAGAGCGGGGUGGACAUCUCAAGUCAUAAUUCGGAUCUUAUACGGCUUUCACCCUCGAGUCCUCACACACCUCACCGACGAUUACCCUAUAGGUUCACCUCCGUGAUGUCCAAGGCAACCGAAUUGGCUCAAAUGGCUAGCAGCAUGGGUGCGUCACUUCAAUCGGCCCUAGAGAAAGGAGAUGCAGAGUACUUGUCGUCAAUACAAGCUGGACAGGAGAGACAACUCGUGACGCGUGCUUUGGAAGGAAAGAAAAACGACUUUCGAGCCGCAGACUGGGACGUCCAGAGUUUGGAGCGAAGCCUUCAGCACUCAUUAUGCGACCUGAACUCCACCCAGACUAAUAUUCGAAACGGGAACAAUUCGAAUGAAAACGAUUAUGUGACCUUUACCGAUGUGGCUCUUGGUCUGAGAAUUGCAGCGCAAGCUUUAAUGGCUGCGGGGCAGGGAGUAUCUGUUGCUCCAGAUGUCUAUGCUGGAGGUGCAGGUGCGCUGGGGAGCCCGCUCCAGUUCGAGAAAAUCACUGGUGGCAGCUCUUUUGCAUCAUUCUUCAGUUUCGCAUCUGAGAUCGUCAACUCACAGGCCGAUGCAAUGGGAACCACUGCUGGUGUGAGAUUGACCCAAUCAACGUGGGAUCGGCGAAUGGAUGAUUGGAUGCACGCCGUGGAUAUGACAACAAUCGAAUUGCAGUCCCUAGAAUGCCAAAAGCUUGCUGCAGACCGUCGACGACAGAACGCUCUUUUUGAUGUGAACAACACACAGCGACAGAUCGACCAUAGCGUCGAAACCCAGAACUUCAUGAGGGAUAAAACCACGAAUUUCGAUACUUACUUAUUCUUGCAGCGAGAAGCCACGAUAGCAUAUCGACAAUUGUACAACCUCGCUCUUGACGCUGCUCAGGUCGCUCAAGAAUCGUAUCACUAUGAGAUUCGUGCCGACUACCGCAAUUUCAUGAAAGAUUGUAGCUGGGACGGUCUUCAUAGCGGCUUGAUGGCUGGAGACAGACUUUCACUUGCUCUACAAGAGAUGAACCGUGCUUACAUGGAGCACAAUAUUCGAGAGCACGAAUUAACGAAACAGCUCUCUCUUGCAAUGCAUUUCCCAGAAUCAUUCCUGCAGUUGAAGCUUACUGGAAAGUGUGAGAUUGCAAUCCCGGAGUGGAUCUUCGACCUGGAUUAUCCAGGGCACUACAUGCGACGAAUCAAGAAUGUCAAUCUGACAAUUCCGUGCGUUGUUGGUCCAUAUACCGGAAUGCAUUGCCGUCUCGAGCUUCUCAACAGCGCAAUUCGUGUAUCAAACAUUCUUGCAGAGUCGGCAAGUGAGAUGGGUGGCUAUGAAUGCCAGUCGUUGACCUCGGAUGAUCGCUUCGCAUUUCUUUAUGGAGCCCGUGAAGGAAUUGCCACAUCAACUGGUAUGUCAGACUCAGGUCUGUUCCAGCUUAGCCUCCAGGAUGAACGAUACUUGCCCUUUGAAUUCGCUGGUGCCGUGAGUAAAUGGAAGAUCGAGUUGCCGCCCGAAAACAACCAAUUCGACAUGAGCACGCUAACAGACGUGAUCAUACAACUGAACUACACAUCAAGAGAUGGUGGCGAAGCCUUAAAACGCGCGGCAUCUUUAAAUGCUCAAACAAGGCUUCCGGGUGAUGGGUGGAGAUUGUUUGACGUUCGUCACGAUAUGUCUAAUGCAUGGGCAAUGCUCGAACGAAGCUUCAUCCAUGAAGAGUCACGAGAGAAGCAUCACAAACGAAUGCGGCCCGACUUACGUCUCCAUCUACACCGCAACAUGUUCCCAUUCCUCACUGGCCGAAGAGGCAUUCGUGUAGUAAGGUUCGAGUUCUUCGUUCAAUUGGCAACUACACCAUCUGCUGGAUCUCAUUUCAGAACUCGUUACUAUGCCCCUGGAAUCAAAGGUAGUCAUGAGGAUGAGGACGAAGAUUUCUAUCAUGAUAGCAGUGAAGAUAUCUGGUUUGACUUCGUCGCCCACGCAAAGUGGCCCGGUCUAUAUCAUGGAAGUCUUUAUACCGAGAUAGAGAUUCCGUUGAAGUUGAGAAGCGGGCAAUCGGAUGGAUCAUUGUUGCGAUUUCCGGAGAAGCUUGGGGAGAUUCAUGAGUUUUAUAUUCUGUGUCAGUAUGAGGCUGUUGAUAAGGCGCCGUAGCCAAUGCCAGUUCGGAGUCUUUGGUAUGAUAUCCACCUCUCAUACUUGAUACAAUUCAUUGUUUUACUCUCGCUUAGACCUGACAAAUUUGUUCAGCCGGCGUACCUCCGCAUCGAUGAGAUACAAGUUUCACGGAAGUGUCUGAGUUAUGAUGUGCAGCUAGGAAGGCUCUCACAUGGAAUGGCCUCGAGACCGGUCCUUCAGUCAUUGACGUCAGAGGAGAAUUGGAAGAGCUUCGAGGAAAAGUUCCAAUUGAGCGCAGGACCCACUUGACAC